UGCGAACUUGAUUCGUGCGAGCGUAUAUACUUACGCUGCUUGAUAAAUCGGUUUCGCGAUUAGUGCUACACAAAUAAAGUUUAUUGAUAUUAUUGAUAUUACCUAAUUAUGGAGAAUGAAGAAGAAGAAAGUAGUGAUAAUAUGGAGAUAAUACGUACUUGUGAAAGUGAUUUGGAUAAAUCAUUAGAACCAACAAUAGUCAAGAAGUCAAUAUGUCAAGAAGUAAUCAAAGAAAAUGUAAAAAAAGCAGCUGAGAAGAGAAAAGAGAGAGGGAGUGAAAUAAGUGAUGAUGAUGACUUUAUUACUGUAAAUAGAAGGAGACCUAAACGAUUAAUUAGAAGCAUAUCAAUUGAAACACAAAAUGACAAGGAGGUAGACGGAGAAAAAUUUAAUGAUUUAAAUAACACCACUCAACCCGAAGUAUGUGUAACAUCUUUAGAAAACAUACCCAAACAGAUGGCAUUAGCUAAAUUAUUAAGAUCAGAAAACAUAACAAAUGUAACUAGAAUAAAAUAUAAAAGUUUUAAUAAAGUUAUUAUUCAAUUUAAAGAAAAAAAGGAUGCACUUAAGUUAUUGGAAUGUGAAAAAUUUAAAGAUAUGGGAUGUCGAUGUCAAUUAAUAGAUGAGUUGUCCCUAUCCUAUGGUGUGGUUAAAGGAGUAGAUCUGGAAUUACUUGAAAAUGAGCUAAGGAAUAUAUUUGAAAGUGAUACUGAGAUAAUAUCCGUAAAGAGAUUGCGACGUAUAGACUCGGAAGGUAAAUGGAUUGAAAGUGAAUCCGUGAGAAUCUGUUUUAAAAGCAAUCAUCUACCGAAUUAUAUAUAUGCCUAUGAUUGCCGACUUAAGGUUGAACCGUAUGUAUUUCCUGUUACACAAUGCUCUGGUUGUUGGAAAUUUGGUCACAUAAUAAAGUACUGUCCAACAAAAAAAAAGAUAUGUCCAAAAUGUGGGGGCAAUCAUGAUAAUUGUGAUACAACUAAAAUAUCAUGCCUUAAUUGUAAGGGAAACCACUUCGUAUUGGAUAAAAACUGUCCGUUUUUUGUAAAAGAAAAGAAUAUAAGAAAAAUUAUGAGCACUGAACAAGUCACAUAUAGAAAGGCCCUUCAGAUAUUAAUAGAACAGCAACAACAACAACGUAAUACUUGUUUACAUAAUAACUUGCGAACUUCAAUGGACACACACUUAGACAGUGACGCGCCGGCAACAUUUAGUAGUAUAUUAAAAAAAUCAGUGCAAAAUUAUGCAGUAAGUCCUAAUAGUAAGAUCAUACAGAACAAAAGCAGAGACAAUCCAAUGCAAAAAAAAACAACUCAACAGCAAGAGAUACCUCAGGAAAUACUAUCUAUAAAUAAUAACAAUAACAACCAUGGCGAAAAAACCACUACAAAGAAAAAGCGGUAUAGGAAUGAGACAUUAAUGGAAGAAGAUAUCGAUAGUUAUGACUCACAAAAUGAAGAACAAAACUAUCAAAGAGAUGAACACUUACUAAACAAAUUUGAUUUUAAGAAAUUUAUAAUUAAGCUGAAUAGAAUAUUUGUGUCAGAUAAAUCAUUUGAAGAUAAAAUAUUAUCACUGUUUAAAAUUGUAUAUGAAGAAUUCAAGAAGAUUAUAAUAGGUUGUUUUAUGAAAGGAAACGUCCUUGAUAAAAUUAUUAACUUUAUUAAUGGAUAAUUCAAAUAAAUAUGUCAAGGUCAAUAUAAUUCAAUGGAAUGCACAAAGCUUACAACCUAAGCUAAGUUCGUUUACAGAUAUAUUACAAAAACUAAAUAUACAUAUUGCAAUCGUGAGUGAAACAUGGUUAGAUAGUGAAUCUAAUAUUCAUGUAAGUGGGUACAAUAUUUAUCGAAAAGACAGAAUAGAUUCCUAUGGCGGGGUUGCGAUUUUUGUGCAUAAAUCCAUACGAUCACAUUUUAAUUCAUGUCAACUUUUGAAUACUGGUAUAGAAGUAGUAAGUGUUAAAUUAGUGAACUGUGAAGAUUUAGAAAAUAUUGUUUCUUUAUACUGUCCAUCUUCUGUGUCUACGCAGCCGUCAGACUGGGAACAGGUAUUUUCAUUAUUUUCGGAAAAGUCAUUAAUUGCUGGAGAUUUCAAUGGCCACCACGUCAAUUGGUCAACUAGAACUGAUACAAGAGGAACUCAUUUAAUGGACUCCUCUCUUGAAAGUAAUUUUAUUUAUCUCAAUGAUUCUAAUCAUACAAGAAUUAAAUUAGUUAAUGGAUAUUUGCAGAAAACGUCUCCAGAUAUAUCUUUUGCCUCCUCUGACAUUGCUAUAAAAAUUAACUGGACAGUAAUCAAUGAAAAUUUAGGUAGUGAUCAUCUUAUGAUUAAAAUGUCAAUAAAUAUCCCUA